UACAUUUUUAGCGGAAGUUUGCUAGUACUGUUAGAUUUUUCGAUCGCGAUGUUUAUUGACUGAAUAGAAUAUCUGAGGAGACGGGCGACGAAGAGUUUUCUUUAAAUUGAAUAACUAUUUUACUAAUAGAUCUGUAAUCAUGUAUCACUAAAAUGCUCUGAAUGCUGAAUCAUAUUUUCUGAUUAGAACGAAUAAUCAAUAUAUCCGGGAGGAACUCAAGGUCGUUUAAAUAAAACGAGAUUUCUCUCAUAUUUUAAAUGAGAUAGCGCGGUGAUGAAUACUAUUUCCGAUUUCCUGUCGAAUAUAAAUUAUUUGUGAAAUACAGUUUUUUAUUCUGUACAUGACAACAUGGAUAUUUUGUUGAGAGCGAUUCUCAUUAUUUUGCGCUUAUUUAGAUAUGCUUUAGAUUUAAUCUCAGAAGUUGUUUUCGGUUGGUUUUAUCAAGGAAAACACGAACGAUUGCCCCCCAUCAAGAGUCAGUACCUUUUAGAACCAGCUAAUGUUCUGGCGGCGAAAAUAAGACGACAUGAGGUGAAGAGUACAGAUAUAGUAAAAGCAUACAUUCAGCGUAUCAGGGAUGUGCAGCCUGUCAUAAAUGCGAUUGUAGAAGAAAGAUUUGCUGAAGCUUUAGAAGAAGCUAAAUACAUUGAUGAUCUUCUACAGUACACUUCUAAGACAGAGGAAGAACUAGCUGAAGAAACACCACUUCUUGGUAUACCUAUUACAGUGAAAGAAGCAAUUGCUGUGAAAGGUUGUUUAUUUACCGUUGGUCUUCCUGCCAGAAAAGGUUUUCGAGCUACAUCUGAUUCUGAUGCUGUGGCACUUCUCAAACGGGCAGGUGCAAUACCAAUUGCUGUAACUAUUACACCAGAACUUUGUUUUUGGUGGGAAUCGUACAAUACACUGUAUGGACGUUGCUGCAAUCCUUAUGACACUACUAGAACAUCAGGAGGAAGCAGUGGUGGUGAAGGCUCAAUAUUAGGUAGUGCUGGUUCUGUAAUUGGUGUUGGUAAUGAUAUAGGAGGUAGUAUACGUAUUCCUGCAUCAUUUAAUGGAGUUUUUGGACACAAACCAUCAAGGGGUGUAGUUAGUAAUGGUGGACAAUACCCUACUGCUGCCCCUCCACUGCAGACAUUUUUGAUGACUGGCCCUAUGUGUAGAUAUGCUUCUGAUUUGUUGCCUAUGCUGAAAAUUUUGGCAGUUGAUCAUGCUAGCAAACUUAAACUGGACGAAAAAGUGCAUUUUGAAAAUAUCAAACUUUAUUACAUGGAAAAUGAUGGAGGCAAUCCACUGAUUUCAUCUGUUAAUCCUGAAAUUACUAAAGCUCAGAAAAAAGUUAUUGACUACUUUGCUGUAAAUUAUGGAGUAUUUGUACAGAAGGUGGAACUUCCAACAAUGAAGCACAGUUUUGAAAUCUGGUCAAAAAUCAUCACCACAUCAGAUAUGAGGCCUAUAACGGAAGAAAUGACAGGUAGAUGUGGUGAAGUGAAUCUUUCUCUGGAAUUCCUUAAAUGGCUUUUUGGAAUAUCAGAUCAUAUUCUUCCUGUACUAUGCUCUGCUGUAUUAAAUAAGGCACUGGCUCCAAAAGAUGAAAAACAAGCUAGUAAAUUUUACAAGAUGUUGUAUCUUUUGGAAACACAAUUUGAAGAAAUUCUUGGUUCAAAUGGAGUAUUCAUUUAUCCUACUGGUCCUGAUUUUGCACCUUACCAUGGACAAGCAUUGCUAAAACCUUUCAAUGUAUCCUACACAGCCAUUUUUAAUUUGCUUGGUUUUCCUGUGAGUCAGUGUCCUAUCACAAUAAGUAGUAAAGGUCUUCCUAUUGGCCUUCAGAUUGUAAGUGGCCUUUACAAUGACCAUAUUACUAUAGCAGUUGCUGAAGAAUUAGAAAAAGCAUUUGGAGGUUGGGUUAACCCUUCUACUGAAAUUUCGUAACUGCAGUCGAGUGUCUAAUCAUUGAACAUUUAAAAUAAAUUCUCUUUUAAACACAUAAAAAAGGCAUUUGAAAAUGGAUGAACCUUUUCUUUAAAAUGCGGUGAUGGUGUAUAAAAAUUUUGAACAGAACCAUUUUUGGUUGUUUAAAAUCAUUCUUUUAUUAUUAUUAUUAUUAUUAACUAACAUGGGCAGUUUAAUUCAGCUAUUUUGAUUUAAAUUACAUUGCUCUAGUCUGUAAAAGUUGGUAUAGGUGCAUACAAAAAGUAAAAAUAUAUUGAAAUAUAUUUUUAAUCUACCAGUUCUUGAUAAUUCUAAUUUGCUUGAACUGAAAUGAUUUUAAAUUUGAAACAUAACAUAACAGCCAUUACUCUUAUUUAGUUGAGUAAUUAUUGAUUUCCGCUUUAAAAGUUUUCAUUUUUUACAUAUUUAUCAUAAUGUUUUUAUGUUAUAAUUUGAUCAUCAGUUUUUAUUUUUAGAUAUAAAAUCUUAUUGUAUGCAGUUUUUUUUUAAAUAUGAUAAUUUGAAGGCCCUAGUUUAACUGAGAAUGUAUGCAACCAGCUGAUGUAAGCAGAGAGAAUUUUUAUGAAUGUAUAUAUAUAUAUGUAUAUGUUGUCUUCGUAAUUUCAUUUCUGAAUUAAAAUAAAAUUUAAAGAAAUAUAGUCUCACACUAA